AACAAUGCAAGACAGUCUUGUAUUUCAAUGGAGGGGCCAGAAGUGAAACAAGAGAAAGUAAAGCCUGCGAAAACCGUUCGAUUCAGAGUCGCGUCUGCCAACAGCGGACGGGUCUUGGCGGAGGUGUUCAAGGAUGAAGCGGCCUGGAGCGGGUCGGCGUCGGACUCGGUGGGCUCGGACUGCACCAGCAGCCCGGAGGCGGAGCAGGGGAGCAGCGAGGCCAACAGCCACCUGAACGGCCUGGCGGUGGAGACCGGCGUGGACGCCAAUGGCUGCGAACCGGAUGACCUGCUUCUGUACGCCAGUGCCAAGAGAGAGACGCUCUUCGGCAACACACGCGUCAAUAUCUGCAGCAAGAACGGGACCAUACGGGGAGUGAGGCACAAAGUGAGCGCAGGCCAGGAGCUGUUCAACAGCCUCUCCAGCAUGUACUCCGGGUCCCUUCGUCAUCAGAAAAGGAGACCCUGGGAAAAGCAGUGAAACAGUUUGGAGGUUAACGCCAUGUGGUCAACAGGAAGAAAAAGAUCAUGUUGCUGAAGAUUGGCUUUCAGUUUGGUCUAUAACGCAUAUCAUUUUUCAAGAAAAUGAGCUUUUUACAGAAUUUAAACCUUUACUGUCCAGUUAUUUGAGUCGGAUUAAUUUCGGGAUUUUUUCUAAUGCGGUCAUUCACUUUAAUGUAUUUGUAUGUUCUUUUAAAUUCAUACAUUUAUAGUUUUGAAAUAAUAAUUUGAAACUCCUUGUAUGACCAUUAUCCAAAUGUAUACACUAUAAUGUACGCACUAAAUGAAGUAACCUGUCACUUGAGAUAAACAAACAAGCUAAACCACUGAGCUAAACCAAAGUUAAUUCUUUUGGCCCAUGAGACUUUGAAUGGAUUUUUUAAAAGAGUUUUUCAUAGACAUGUGCAUCUAAUUGUGACACAGGAUUUAUAUAAUUUUGAUACACUGUAUGUUUGAGUGUCCUUAAUGUUUUAUUGUUUUAGGUGGACAUGCAUGUUUUUCUAAGUGUUUUAGAUGAUUUCUUAUCCAUAAUUCUAUUGGACUGAAUAAACUUGCCUUUGUUUUAA